AUGAAGUACACCACUGCUCUCCUCGCCUUCGCUGCCGGCGCUCUUGCCCAGUCCUCCGCUGUGACCACCGCUCCUGCGACUACCUCUGUCCCUGAGGUUUCCCCCGCCAUCAGCUGCGUUUCCGCUUGCACUCCUGGUGACGUUACUUGCCAGGCCUCGUGCUUGGGCAUUGCGCGCCCCAACUCUUCCCAGGCUGUAGAGACCACCGAGUGCGCCGCCAAGUGCGAUCAGGGUGACGGCUCCGCUGAGGCCACCCAGAAGUACUCCGACUGCGUCCAGAGCUGCAUUGCCAGCCUCUUCCCCUCGUCCCAGACUGGCUCUCAGAUUCCCGGUGGCGCUGCUGCUUCUUCCGCUGCUGCCACUCGCUCUGGCGCCAACCCCACCAACCCUACCGCUUCGACCGGUGCAUCCGCUGGUUCCACUGCCAGCCAGACUGGCUCCGGCUCUGCUUCUCCCCAGGCUACUGGUGCUGCCAACUUCAUCUCUGCUCAGAUUGGUGGUGUUGGCCUCGCUGGUCUCCUCGCUGCCUUCGCCUUGUAG